AUGGCCGACUCGGGUUCGAAACAGGCUGUCAUGACGGCUGAAGAUCGUGCGGCUAAGCAACGACUGAUUGAAGCCCAGAAAGCCUAUGGGCGCGGCAAAGCAGUCUCGACCAAGGCCAUUCGAAACAAGAAGCUCCGCUCGACACUCCAGGCGCAAGAAGCGAAACAAAAACAAGCUGUUCUUCAGGCUAAGGAUUCAGAGAUCCUUCUCGAGCACGAUGCAGGCUUCCUUGAGCCCGAGGGUGAGCUUGAACGGACAUACAAAGUUCGCCAAGAUGAGAUCAAGGAAAGCGUUGGAAUUGAAACGGCAAAGAAAGGAUUUGAGCUGCGCCUCAAUGAUUUCGGCCCCUAUCGCGCGGACUACACUCGAAACGGACGCAACUUGCUGCUGGCGGGACGGAAGGGCCAUGUCGCAACGAUGGACUGGCGCGAUGGCAAAUUGGGAUGUGAGCUGAAUCUGAACGAGACGGUCCGCGAUGCGCGCUGGCUGCACAACAACCAGUUCUUUGCAGUUGCUCAGAAGAAAUAUGUCUACAUCUAUGACCACCAAGGAACAGAGUUGCACUGUCUUAGCAAGCAUUUGGAGCCUCUCUAUCUCGAAUUCCUGCCCUACCACUAUCUUCUGGCCAGUGUUGGCAUCAGCGGCUACCUGAAAUACACCGACACCUCGAUCGGCCAAACCGUCGCCGAGUUGCCCACCCGGUUGGGCCGUCCGACAGCUCUCUGCCAGAAUCCUCACAACGCCAUUCUCCACGUCGGGCACCAGAACGGAACAGUGACAUUAUGGUCUCCCAACUCUCAAACAGCCCUUGUCAAGGCAAUGGUGCACAAGGGGCCCGUCCGCUCGCUCGCAAUUGACCGCCAGGGCCGGUACAUGGUGUCGACUGGCCAGGACCAAAGGAUGAACGUCUGGGACAUUCGCAUGUUCCGAGAAGUCCACUCGUACUCGACCUACCAGCCCGGAGCAUCAGUCGCAAUCAGUGACCGCGGCCUGACUGCCGUCGGCUGGGGCACUCAGGUCAGUGUGUGGCGGGGUCUUUUCGACGCCGCCCUCGCCGACCAGGGCAAGGUGGACAGCCCCUACAUGGCAUGGGGUGGGGAUGGCCAACGCAUCGAGAACAUGCGCUGGUGCCCAUAUGAGGACAUUCUGGGCGUCACCCACGACCAAGGAUUCGCCAGUAUUCUGGUCCCUGGUGCCGGCGAGCCCAACUUUGACUCGCUGGAGGCGAACCCUUACGAGAAUGCUCACCAGCGACAGGAGGCCGAGGUGCACUCUCUGCUCACCAAGCUUCAGCCGGAUAUGAUCUCGCUGGACCCCGAUGUCAUCGGCAAGCUCGAUACGAUCAGCGACAAGAAGCGUCAAGAAGAGCGCAACCCCGACCACAAGCCUCAGGACCACAUGGAGAAGCUCAAGAACCGCGGCCGUGGUCGCAACAGCGCGCUGCGCAAGUACCUCCGCAAGAAGGGUCGCGGCAAUGUCAUCGACGAGAAGCGACUCAAGGCCGAAGCUCUGCGCAAGGAGCACGCCGAGCGUCACAAGAACAAACUUCGUCAGGAGCGCGAGGAGCUUGGACCUGCUCUGGGGAGAUUCGCCAAGAAGGACUCUUAA